AUGUGCAACUACGCUGCCAUCAGUGCGUUUCCCAAAUCCGGGGUGUACGAGAUCCACAGCAGCGCCGCCGCCGCCGCCGCCGCGCGCGUGUAUAUUCCUGGCCAGCCGGUGUACGUGAGCCGCCCGACCGAGGAUGCAAUGUCGCACACAUUGUUUGAGUUGACGGCGGGGAAUGAAAACAAGAUUGCCCUGAGGAGCGUCGGCCUUGGUCUGCCUGUCACCGUGGACAACGACGGUUGGGUGUCGACCUCGACUUUCGAGGAGGAUCUCGAGGACUUCGUGUUGGAGGCCGCGGCCGGACAUCCCGGCUACUUUGUCCUCCAGAUCCAUAGCGUCGUUUCCCCCGGCCUCGUUUGGACUCUGAACCCGACUGACGAGGCCCUCACUGGUCAGCGGAUCAGACUGGCGCCCCGCGUUCCGGGCUGGGAGGCGCAGCGCUUCGCUUUCCGAGCGGCCGACACCCCCGCCCUCGAGCAUCUUCUCGUCAACGGCGACGCCUACGCCGCUUUCGGCACCGCCGCGCCGGUGCAGCCGGGCGUGUACCGCAUUCUCGACAUCCUCUCCCGCGCCCCGGUCCGCAGCGGCGCGCUGAACCAGUCGAUCUACUCGACGCGGUCGGCGGACGAGAGGUAUCCCGGAAACACCGCGCUGUGGAGAAUCUCGCACCACGGCGACCCCGCGGACGGGGUGUACACCUUCCAGAACGUCGCGCUGAACCUGCGCCUCGGGGUCACGGCAGCGCAGACACUCGCCCCGACGUACGUCGCACCCGCGGCCACGUUCGCGUUCCAGCCGGCGUCCAAAACCCGCGCGGAGGAGGUGUUCAUCCGCAUGGCGGACAACAGCGGCGCCUGGGUGCUCGAUUUCUCCAAGGGCGUGUUGACGACUCAGAUCCGAGUCCUCCCGGAGCACGGCACCUACACUCACUACCAGACGUUCAUUCUCGAGCGUCAGAGUUGAGGCGCUCUGUGCGACAAUUUCUGUUUCUUCCGUCCGUAGUUACUCCAGCAGCAGUUCCCGUCUGAAACAUGAAAUGAAAUUGAAGUUGAAAAUAUUUAUGUCCCAUUAGUUGUCAGUGCCUGUCUAGCUCAAUCGGUAGAGCGUGAGACUCUUAUCUCUUGCAAGACUGUGGUAUCUCAAGGCUGCGGGUUCGACCCCCGCGGUGGGCUAGUAUUUUGCCGCUGCUCGUUUGCGGAACCCAAAGUCAGGUCGAAGCAUCGUAUCAUCUUCAACGACCAACCUGGGUUUCAAACUCAAGCACACAGAACAGUGGCUUGGGCCUAUGCAAAACAAGACAGAGAAGAGCCCCGCACUGGGACUACCGGCUCCGAAUGGACAGUCCUUGCAGGACCGAUAGCCGCUCAGCAAGACAGAUUGCUCCGCGCUGGGAGAAUCGGCGCUGGACCGGUGCGGCCAAGUCCAAGGUGCACUGUAUGC